AUGCAGAUUAUCGUGUUCUCCUGGACACUGGGACUGGGACUAAUCGGCAUCAACAUCUACUACCUGAGCACAGGCUUCGUCGACAGGCUAAUUCACUACAGUUUACCAAAAGUCGGAAACGUAUUCAUCGGAAUACUAGUAUUUCCAUGGAUGACGAUCUACAUCCUUACUGUCUUCUACCUCGUGUUCCGCAAGGACUCUGUUGUCACAUUUAUCAAGCCAUCAAAGAACGAUCUAAACGCCCAAACACGGAUGGAAAACAGGCCAGGUGAUUCAGGCGGUGGGUUCAACUUGGAGCCUUUGCCAGACAGAGAGGAUCCUGCUGAUAUCCCACUGCCUCAAUAG